AUGAUCCUCCAGCUUCACAGACAAGGAAUUCCCAUGCCGAAAGGAUGGAGCUGGUGGACCGGCCACCUCUUGGUGCUUCAAAAGUAUGUUGAUCGGCUUCCCACCAAUGCCAACGUAAUGCUUGCCAUCCAGGAGAUGGCACUGGAGUUUUCGGACACGGAAAUAUUCAUACUCGACAUGUGGCCCGUCUAUCCCCCAUUGCUGGUGACAUAUAGCCCCGAGGCAAUGGCGCAGAUAACCACGAAAUACAAUUUCCCCAAAACCCGCAUGCAUCUCAAGUUUCUCGGCCCUAUCGUGGGAGGGCCCAACAUGCUGUCGAUGAAUGGCGCCGAAUGGAAAUUAUGGCGAUCCGUUUUCAAUCCCGGCUUCAGCACCGCGUGUAUGGCGGACCUGGUCCCGGCCGUGGUGGAUUCUGUCCAGACCUUCUCCGAUAUCUUACGGGAGAAGGCCGGAUCGGGGCCAAUUCAGCUGGAUGAUUUGACCACUCGCUUGACCAUGGAAAUCAUUCUCAAGGUGACACUUGACAUGGAAUCCAACCGCCAGCGUGCAGACCACACAAUUGCACACGCACUCGGUACGAUCAUCGAUUGGCAUUCCUUCUGGGAUCCGCGUAUCCUGGCAAACCCUCUUCGACCUCUUGUUCAAAGAUACUACGGCCAUGUAAUCAACCACUCGAUCAGGGUCGAGCUCGAGAAGAGGUUUAAGGAAAUGAAGGCUGCCCGACGCUCGCCCGAGUCCACAGCCAAGAAGGCCAAAUCGGUGAUUGCUCUUGCCCUGGACGCCUAUCUCACCGACCAAGAAAAGGGAAUCAACGAGGAGACCAUACUGGAUGAUCAUUUUGCCCAAUAUGCAUCCUACCAGAUCCGACUCUUUCUCUUCGCCGGCAAUGAUACGACAUCAACCAGCAUCCUUUACGUCUACCACAUGCUUUCAAAACACCCCAAAGUCCUCGCCAAAGUCCGGGAAGAGCAUACUGCCAUUCUUGGAUCUGAUGUGUCCACAGUAGCGCAACAGCUGAAAGACAAUCCGGCCCUUCUCAAUAAGUGCUCUUACACCACGAGCGUGAUCAAAGAGUCGCUACGACUGUUUUCCCCGGGAGGCACCAUGCGCCAAGGGCAAAAGGGGACUGCAGUGACGGACCGACAUGGAAACGUAUACCCUACGGAUAAAUUUAUGAUGAUGGUGUCACACCAAGCGGCCCAUCACAACCCGCGGGUUUGGCCUCGAGUAGAGGAAUUUUUGCCCGAACGCUGGCUUGUCGAAGCCGGUCAUGAACUAUACCCUGAGACUGCCACGUAUCGCCCGUUUGAGCAAGGGCCCCGCACCUGUAUCGGACAAACUCUCGUGUGGAACGAAAUGCGUAUAGUGCUCUUGAUGACUGCCCGUGUGUUUGAUAUCUCACCAGCAUACGAGGAAUGGGAUGCGCUGGCCCUCCAAGCUGAAGGACCAUUAACCAAACUUGGCAAGUGGGUCGGAAUUAUCACCCAGGAGAAGGACAAAAUAAAGACAGUAAAUGGGGACCGAGCGUUUCCGACGGAAAAGGCAGGCGGACAUCCAGCCGAUGGGUAUCCAUGUCGAAUUACCUUGGCACAGUAA